AUGACUAUAAACGAGGCAUACGAACAGUCUCCCGACCCCUGUUCCUACUUUCGGUCAGACGUGUGCCCAACCACCGCCUACUAUUUCACGUGCGCGGGGAAUGGAUCACCCUCGUGCAGACACAAAUGCGAGGGGCCGAAUGGGCAGGGCUUAUGUGGGGAUCAUGGCACGUGCUUCUUUGGUCUCCAAGACAAUGCACUAGCUUGCAAGUGCGAGGUGACGUCAUGGCACGUGUAUCACGGCGCGCAAUGUGAGCAGACGACAGCGACACUUUGGUUCGUGUUGGCGGUAUCUCUUGGUACAGGAAGUGCAUUGCUGCUCAUUCUUGUAGUCAUCAUUAUUUGGCUCUGCAUACGCGGCCGACGAGAUAAACAGGCGCAUGACGUCAGGUAA